CUCACCCUUGGAUAAUCUAUAACAAGCAGCACUGGAGUGAAUUCACCUCUUCUUGUGGUUGGUGGGCUUCAAAUCUCCUCAUACAGAUAAAUACACGGACUUGAACGGGUUGUGUGUUCGGAGCAGAACGUGUAUUUAACGCCAGAGGACUCCGGUCAGUGUCCUCCUCUCCAGCGGUGUCCGUCUGACAGGUUCAGCUAAAAAGCGGGACAUUGAACGUAGCACAGAUGUUGAUGAAGAAGAGAGGCCACGCGUGUCUGAUCGCCUCCGGUAUGGGCACGCUGGUCCUGUUGAUGAUGGUGCUGUACGGGACCAUCGGCUCCCAAUCAGGCAGCAGCUCCAGCCUCAGACGGGACUACCAGCUGCUGGGCAGACCUCUGUACAAGCUGGACCUGGGCUGGCCCCGGAACCCGGAGCUCUUCACCGGGGCCGUGUUUGCUGUGGCAGUCGACCAGUACGCUGGUGUAGUGUAUGUGGCACAGAGAGGUGAUGGUGUGCCCAAGGUGCUGGUGUUCACUACAGAUGGAGAUUUCCUCAUGUCCUGGAACAACACCACACUGGAGAUGCCUCAUGGGAUAUUUUUAGCAGAUGCAGCCUCAUUAAACCCCACUCUUUGGAUCACAGAUGUGGGGAAUGGCCCGCACGGACACUGCAUCAAACAGUACUCACCAUCAGGGAAGCUCCUUCAGGUGCUUGGCACACCAGGGAACCCAGGUUCUUCGUUGAACCCUCUGCAGUUCGACCAGCCAGCCGAGAUCUUCGUCCAUAGCUCCGGGGAGAUGUACAUUGUGGACGGUGAUGGUGGAAUGAACAACCGCCUCAUCAAGCUUUCUAAAGAUCGGGAGGUGUUGUGGAUGCACGGAGAGAUAGGACAAGGCCUGGCUCAGUUCUACAUCCCCCACAGCGUGACUGUGGAUAACAACUUGAGGGUGUGGGUGGCCGACAGGGGCAACAAGAGGAUCCAGGUCUUUAACUCCAUCACAGGAGACUGGCUUGGGACGUGGGGGAGCUGCUUCACGGAGGACGCACCCUACUCUGUGCGUCUGACCCCCGACAAGAAGUACUUUGUUGUUGUCCAGCUCAACACCAAUCAGAUUUCCCUGCUGGAUGCACCACCAGUGGGUUUAAUUGGCCAGUGCAAAGUGGUCAGUGUAAUCCAGCUGGCUGAUGAUGUGAAGCCCCACCUGGUCGACCUGGACCUAAAGACUGGAGCUCUGUAUGUGGCUGAGAUCGGAGCUCAGCAGGCUCAGAAAUUCACCCCCUUCAGUCUGGGUGUGAAUUUUCUGUAGAGCUGCACUGGGCUUUAAGUGAAGAAUUAACGAAAUAAUUAACUUUAAAAUGGACAAAACAUUUUAACACAAAUUCUAAUGUAAUUUGCAGUCAUGUGAAUCCAGUUAACUGCAUGUCUUUGGACUGGGAGGAAGCAGAGUAGCUGGCACAACCCACACAGAUACAGAAUGAACAUGCAAAGUCCACACAAAUUUGAAAUGGUUCAGCUCACGUCACACUCAUAUCAUCACAUUAAAUAUAGUGAAGUCAAAGAAAGAGGCUCUUGUUUAUGGGCUUGUGGUGCCUGGGAAUCCUAUUCAAAAAUCCACCCACAAUGCAAAACUAUCAGAAUAAUAUUAGAUGUAUUAAAAGUAACCGUAAUUGGGACAGGUCCCCUGACUAAGCAUUUGCUGGCAUAAAUAGUCCAUAAUAUUCAGUAUUUACUACUCCAAUGUAAUUCGAUGGGUGUUAUUGACACCAGUGACAACAAAGUAUUUAUUUGACAGUAAAAUAAUGUAUUGUUUAAUUCAGAUUCCAUCCUUUAGUUUUAGGAAAAUGCUUAUGUAAAGUUUGAAACAACGACUUCUACUAAAAUAAAUGAAUAUGCAGGUAAAUAAAAGCAGGUUUCUCCACAACAAAUAAGGGCAUCAUGAUAUUUGUUGUUCAUAUAAACCAAUAGUUAUCAAUAAUUGCUAAAUGAACAUAUGGUUGAUGGGUAUACUGUUUUGUGAAGUUAUGUGCCAUUAUUAUUACUUUCCUUGACAUUGCAAUGCUUGCAAGGCUCUGACCUUCUCUUAAAGGGAUAGUUCACCCAAAAAGGAAUUUUCUCUCAAAACGGUGUCUGUUACACCAUGUUUUUAGCCUAAAUGUCGGAUGUCUAAUUUGACUGCCGGGGCUUACAGACACUUGGACGACACCGAACGAGCAGUAUGGAGGCAUGUUGUGUUUUUUUCUCUUGUUUUGGACUUUCAAGGAGGAGUCACCAGUUACUGCAAUUAUAUUGGAUUUGGCUGCAACGCUGUUAACACCUGAAACUCUUCAACCACCCCUCCAUCGCAUUGUGGGGUAGAUAAUGAGUGAAUUAUCAUUUUUGGGUAAACUAUCCCUUUAAGCAGAGGCUUUUCUCCACUGCAGACACUUUAAAACCCUUUUGUGCUUUUUGCCACUUCAGCCUUUAAAGGACGAUGUGGAGUCCUGUCAACAAACAAACGUUUUGAACCAGGUAGGUAUUGAACUCCUGCAUUGUUUAUAGCCAUGUUUCCUAGUUUGCAGUUGUCUUCCUCCAGGGAUAUUCCUUGUCAUGUUACCGCCACGUGUUGAUCAGGAAUAUCGUGAUGCAAUUGGGAUGACUGUGCAUUGUGCCACAUAGUGUGUGUGGCCCAGAGACAAAACAGGGACCCACAAUGCUACUAAAGGUGUAAAACUCAACAGGGAACCUGUUUAAAGACGUUUGUAUAAUUGUAUGGGUGCACAUGUAUAAAAGGCUAGAACUGAACUGUUUUGCACACAGUCUAAUGAGUUGUCUGUAUAUAUCAUUGAACCCAACAGCACUUCAUAAUAGAGAAUUGAUUCAUUCCUCCUGAUGAAUUAUUAUGUUGUAUUGCUUUCUCUCAGUAAUCUUGAUGUAUAUGUAUAUUACUGUCUUGCUGUAUAUAUCUGUGAUCUGAGAUAAUCAUUACUGUGACAAGUGUAUUGUAAUAACUGUUCUCAUGAGAGUAAUUUAACUGAGACAUUAAGUGAAAUAGAAAGUGAUACAGGAUUUGAAGCCACUUACUGCUGUUAGUUGGACAGUCCUCCAGCAGAGCAACAUCACAGAUGACCAAAGGAAACUCUUUUCUGGUAUUCUAGUAAUCUGGACAAAGUAAAUUUCCAAAGAGUAAAUGUUUCCUGUAAGAUAUGUAAGUGUUUCAUAUGGUAAAAGGACACUCCACCAAUCUCCACAUCAAUUCAUUUGAAACGGGCUUUGUCAAAUCAAGGAAAAUGCUGAGAAAAACUAAUCUUACUUCUCUACCUUAAACCACAAACACACCUUUAAUGAGUUAUGUGUUAAAACAUUUUGAGGCAUUUUCCUAGCAAAAUUUUUUUGAUUUCAACCAUUUGUGAGACCAUUCUUUGUUUUUUUCUCAACUCUGUAAUAUGUUACAUUUGAAGACGAUCUGGGAAUUGAUUUGUUUCUGCCUAACUGUAUUUGAAGGAGUUUUUGAUUUUGAAGUGAUCCAGAUGUUCCUAUGUAAUGUUAUUGAUGCUUUUACCAACACUUAAUUAAAUUCCCAAAAUUUAGAGUGAAAGAAAUUCUUAAUUUACAUGUUUAUAAUCAGACCAGACUGUUUUCUGAUGAUGAAUUAAUUAUUGCAUUAUCUUAAAAUAGGAAAGAUGUCUUUGUAGUGUCAUAUUUAAACUGUUUUCUUUUCUUAAUACAAUUUCAAUAUAAGCAUCAUCUGAUCUGUUCCAAAGAUGCACUUUUCUGUUCUGAUUUACUUUGGAAAACGACUGUUUUAUAAUGAGGUGGUGUUUGGUUGGACUGGUGUUUGGAUUAAAUCCUAAAUCACA